ACUCUCGCGAUACUCAGCGAGAUCAGCCAACGUAAUCUAGCGAGGAAGCAGCUUUUUUAUUUAUCGGAAAGAAUAAUGGCUGCUAUCCGACUUCUCUAUUGUUUUCAACGAGGUCCAGUCGACAUUGCAGGGUCACAGAUGCCCCAGUCUUUUCUUUGAAGAAUCCUUUUCUUCUGAUCCUCUCCCGGUUGAUCUUAUUCCUCGUUACUGAAAUCAUGUCUGGCUCGAGGGACAUACCAGCCAUCGAGGGCCCCGGGAUGGGCGCUAUGAGGCUUCCCAUCGGGAUGACCCGACGAGCCCUGAGCUACGAUGAUAACAUGGAGGCCCCCAUGUCCACGCCCCCCCACGACAUCAGCAUCAACAACCUGUGGAGACGACCAAUCAUACCGGAGAGGAAGUUCUCCCGCCUGGCUGAGGAGGAUGAGAGUGGUGCAGUGAGACAGUCUUCAGUGGAGUACAGCGCCCCCUCCAGGUCUCCAGCUGUAGUGAAAACCAAGGCGAAAACCAAGGCGUCCUCCAUCAUGAACUCUCUCAUCACCAAGCAGACCCAGGAGAGUGUGUACAGGUUUGAGCAGAGGGCCGGGCUCACGGACACCAGCUACACCCCCCACAAAGGCCUCACCGCUGAGGAGACCAGGCACCACCACCGCAUGCCAGAAUCCCUGCAGAAACUGCAGAUCCAGAGCAUGGAGGCCAGAGAGGAGCGUCAGAGCGCCUCGGCUCAGUCCACUCCAUCCAACACACCACAAACAUCUCCAAAACAACAACGCAGGGGCUGGUUCGGCAGUACCAGUUCAGAUGUAAGCUCCAGCAACAGCAGUGUGGACCUCGUAGAUUCGGGGGUGGGAGGAGCAGCAGGAGCAGCAGGAGCAGCAGGAGCAGCAGGAGCGGCAGGAGCGGUUGAACGUUGGGGCGUGUUUGGCCCGCGGCCGAUGGUCCAGAAGUCCACAUCUGACCUGGCAUCAGACCCUGCAGCUGGCUUUGCACUGCAGGCGUACCGCGGCGCCCAGAAGCCGAGCCCCAUGGAGGUGAUGAAGUCUCAGGCCUCUCGGCUCGCUGACGGCCCCCCCGCUCAGGCCAUGGGCCCUCCCAAGAUGGAGAUCCCCACGGUGGAGGGCCGCCGGCAGGGGCCACAACCCCACAAGCUCAAACCCCGAGACAUGAACAUCCUGAUGCCGUCCGGCUUCUGAGAGGCCGCUAUACAGGCAGCUGCAGCAUGCUGGCAUCAACAAAUUCCACAUGGACGGAUCCUGGGAACUUUGUCCGGCUGAAGGUGAAGAAGAUGGCGAAGGGUCCCCUGUAAAUGCACUUUAUCCUAACGAUUAUCCCCCUACCCAAACCCUCAAGUCACGCAGCCCUCCAGGAUGCAAAUGACUGCAAAAAAAAACAAAAAACUUCUUCUGUGUUCAUAGUCUUAACAUCAUUACAAGUCAAAUGCAUUUGUGUUCUUAAAGGGACAUUUCAAUAAGCAGAGUGGCAACACAAACUCCAAAAGAAUUCCUUAAGUGUCGUUUAAUAUGAAUCAAACCAACAGAACAAAAAUGAAAAAUGGUCUCAGGAAAUUUGGCAGGCUCCUGCUCACUGAAACGUUCCCCUUAUCUGUUCUUUUUUAGAGAUGUUUUUAUUUAUGGAUAUUUUAUAUGCUACUAUAGCAACAGAUUUUGUUCCCUAGGGAUCAGAAGGAUCAAAUAAUGUCUGUGAAAAUCAGAGCUACAUGUCGACGGGGCUCACACACUGACAUGCUGCAGCGUUCAGGGGUUUUGGAUGUAAUCCAAAUGGAAUAUGAGGGUUUAAAUAUUCUUCCAGUUGUGGGUGUGUGAGCUACAGGUUACAUGUCUGCCUCUGUUGUUUUUACCACAGGGCAUACAAUGAAGAGUUUCUGUUUCUGAUGAGUUUUGGCGCUUACCAGAUUCUGUUUGUGUGUAUGUUGACUGAAGAAUAGGAUCCUGCAGAAACCUUGUGUCUCUGACAGAGUGAAGGAGCUUUUGCUUUUGGCAUUUAAGUCAAAAAACUACCGGCCGAAACAUGAUCUUUCUUGCAAUGGACAAUUCGGAGAUCUUGGGCUAUAUUGCUUCCAUAACAUAACUUCUUUUAGACCUCAAGAAAACCCAAAUGUUGUAGUUUAUUCGACUCAUUCUGUCUUAUUUGUUUCUGUAGAUUUCUCCUAAAUUCAAAAUGUUGUUGUUUAGAAACAUACAAAAUAUAACUAUAAUACAAAAAAAAUGUUUCUUAGUGUAUGUAAUCACCUGGGGAAGUUUCAUGGUGAAAUGCAUUUAUAAACAUAUUUGAUCAUUUCCCCCUGUAGUGUCUCCUAUUAAAGAUGAAUGCAGUGCUAGAAAGCUACAGUGCUAGCUUACUGCUAACAAACAGCUGUGUGUUCAGGGUUUCUGUAGGACGGUGUGUAUGAUGCUUCGUAGAGCAGAACAAGCGCUAUCAAAUAUAUCUGUCAAAUGAAAUGUAGCACCUGGCUGAUUAUUAUUAUUUCACUUUAAUUGUCAAGUGAUUGAAGUCUGUUGCGUAAUGUGACACAGCAGUGGAAGUGAAGUGUCAUGUCCGAGUAGUUUUCCUCUCCUGUGGUGUCAGUCAGGUGUUCAAAAGAUAACACUCUAAAUAUGAAAUGAAUAUGACUGUUAAUGUUUUGUGCCGUUUGUCCCUUUACAUUUCUCCCCGACUGAAGUCUCACACCUGAAUCUCCUCUGUGUGACUGUCGUGACCGAAUUAUCUGUUCAACAUUUUCCAGUUGAUGGUAAAGAGACAUUUCCCUUAUUUGAGCAGACUGUACACUUUUUGUUUCUUUGCCAAAAACGUUGAUUUGAGAAUAAAUGUUACAUUCUCGUCGGAAAAAAAGUCAGUGCAUCCGAACGUUUUUUUUGUAUUUCAUAUGGUUACUUUUUUCUUGCCAGUUAAAAGUCCUAAUAAACAAUGCAUUUGUAGUCAACCGGACCCAAUGGACACAGA